GCUGCUGGGGGCCCGGUGUCCCCUGCCGGAAUCCACUCUCCAGCCGGCCGCCUGCCCGCCGCCUCCUCUGCGCCUCCCAGCCUCGCCCGCGCCGCCACGAUGAGCCAGGCCUACUCCUCCAGCCAGCGCGUGUCCUCCUACCGCCGCACCUUCGGCGGCGCCCCGGCCUUCUCGCUCGGCUCCCCGCUGGGCUCGCCCGUGUUCCCGCGCGCUGGCUUCGGCACCAAGGGCUCCUCGAGCUCGAUGACAUCCCGCGUGUACCAGAUGUCGCGCACGGCCGGCGGGGCGGGGGGCCUGGGCGGGCUGCGGGCCAGCCGGCUGGGGGCGGCCCGCGCGCCCUCCUCCUCCUACGGCGCGGGCGAGCUGCUGGACUUCUCGCUGGCCGACGCCGUGAACCAGGAGUUCCUGGCCACGCGCACCAACGAGAAGGUGGAGCUGCAGGAGCUCAACGACCGCUUCGCCAACUACAUCGAGAAGGUGCGCUUCCUGGAGCAGCAGAACGCCGCGCUCGCCGCCGAGGUGAACCGGCUCAAGGGCCGCGAGCCCACGCGGGUGGCCGAGAUCUACGAGGAGGAGCUGCGCGAGCUGCGGCGCCAGGUGGAGGUGCUCACUAACCAGCGCUCCCGCGUCGACCUGGAGCGCGACAACCUGCUGGACGACCUGCAGCGGCUCAAGGCCAAACUGCAAGAGGAAAUUCAACUGAAAGAAGAAGCAGAGAACAACUUGGCUGCCUUCCGAUCGGAUGUGGAUGCCGCCACUCUAGCUCGAAUUGACCUGGAGCGCAGGAUCGAAUCUCUCAACGAGGAAAUCGCAUUCCUUAAGAAAGUGCACGAAGAGGAGAUCCGAGAGCUACAGGCCCAGCUUCAAGAACAGCAGGUCCAUGUGGAGAUGGACAUGACCAAGCCGGACCUCACUGCUGCCCUCAGGGACAUCCGGGCCCAGUAUGAGACCAUUGCAGCUAAGAACAUCUCUGAAGCUGAGGAGUGGUACAAGUCGAAGGUGUCCGACCUGACCCAGGCGGCCAACAAGAACAAUGAUGCACUGCGCCAGGCCAAGCAGGAGAUGAUGGAAUACCGGCACCAGAUCCAGUCCUAUACCUGCGAGAUCGAUGCUCUCAAAGGCACUAAUGAUUCCCUGAUGAGGCAGAUGCGGGAGCUGGAGGAUCGCUUUGCUAGUGAGGCCAGCGGCUACCAGGACAACAUCGCUCGCUUAGAGGAAGAGAUCCGUCACCUCAAGGAUGAGAUGGCCCGCCACCUCCGUGAAUACCAAGACCUGCUCAAUGUCAAGAUGGCCCUGGAUGUGGAGAUUGCCACCUACCGGAAGCUGCUGGAGGGCGAGGAGAGCCGGAUCAACCUCCCUAUCCAGACCUUCUCUGCCCUCAACUUUCGAGAAACAAGCCCUGAACAAAGGAGUUCCGAAGUCCAUACCAAGAAGACGGUGAUGAUCAAGACCAUUGAGACCCGGGACGGGGAGGUCGUCAGCGAGGCCACACAGCAGCAGCACGAGGUGCUGUAAAGCCGGAGACCCCUCUGCCACCAGAGACCGUCCUCGCCCCUGUCCUCACUGCCUCCAGAAGCCAGCCGCCUUCCAUCGAAGGACGCCACACCUAGCCGCAGUCUCCCCUCACAGCCUCUGACCCUCGCUCACCAUCCCCUCAUGGUCCCCACAGGGGACAUGGCCCGUCCCUGCCCAGCACAGGGAGCCCCCAGCAGUAGUAAGAGUACUGGAUGUUGGAAGUGAGCGCGCCGGGCUCUUGGCCGCCCAUGGGUGCGCUGGGCAGGGCCUGAAUGGAGCUGAGACAGAGCAGUGACCCUGCCCCUCCCCCCUCCGCGACCUCAGGCUCUAGCCUCUGGCUUUGGAGAGGGCCCCUCACCCCAGCAGGGUGUUGGGACCCAUGGGGUGGACCUCUCCACUCCCCAGCCCAGGUCAGAGAGAGAAAGGGCUUCCUCAGUAAGCCAGGCAGGCAACUGGGGGAUUAGUCCCUGUGGAGACUGGGGGGGCACUAAAUUAGCCCCAUAGUCCCUUAUGUUCCCAGGGUAGGCUUAGCAAGCAGGGGCUGCAAGAGGGAACCCCCGAAGGUGCCAGAUGUGGGAGCAGGAGACUCAGAAGGAGUGAGGGUGGGCGAGAUGCUGAGAGGAAAGGAGAGGACAGAGGCAGAGCGGUCUCAGGCAAGGUGGCAGGGCACCCACCUCCCGUGCCUGCCCCUCCCCACUGCAGGGGCCGGACAGAAACAAUAAAAAGAGAAGCACAAGCC